CUGUCUCCCCGUCAGAGCUCACCGGCUCUCGCGCCAACCGGCCACGCGAGAUCCACAACUUCGAGCCCCGCGCCGGCAGUGGCCAACUUCGCUCCAAUCGCCGUUUACAUGCAGGCCUUGACGUCGCAAUUGGCGACAAACUCGCAGCAACCGAGCGUCUGGCCCGUGGCCAGCCACAGUCGAGAGCCGGCCGAGGUGGCGGCUGCCUGGUCCUGUAAGAUACAGUUCAACCCGGGACUCGAACCAGAGCAUGCUCAUGUCGGACUCGACGCCGACUCUCCGCGUCGCGGUGUGCCGACGGGCCGACGGGACACAGACUCAAGGUCGUUGCCAAGCGGCGCCGGCUCCGCGAGGAGGUACAGCCGAGGCUGGUGCGCCAAAUCGGAGACGGCAACUACGAGCAAGUUGUGCGGGUCUGCGGCAGGGGGGGAGGGCAGUUGGGUGGAGCGGGAGGAGGAGAAGACAACCGGCGGCCGAGGGGAGUGGUCGGCAGUCGACUUUCUGGUCAGCCUCUGCAUUGCCGGCAGGUUCCAGCACAAGAAUUUGGUACAGCUGCUCGGCGCCAUCACAGAACAGGCCUCGCUGCCGUGGCUGAUGGUCAGCGAAUGGGUGCCGCGCGGACGACUCGACUGUCUCCUCAAGCGGGUCAGUGAGUCGCUUAGCAACACUGCCUCUUGCGACAAGCAGGAUUGGCCCGACUUUUCUUUUGAUAAUUCGGUAGACAUUUGUGCUGAACAUGAGGUGUCGUGGAUGAGCUAA